AUGGCCCGUCCCAUGGGGUCAGUUCGCUUGAAGAAGGCGAAUCCGGUGACACUUGUUCUCGGCGCUGUUCUUUGCAUCUUCAUCAUCGUCUUUCUCGUCGGGCCCUCCAAGACAACGAAGGCAGAGCCGGCCGGUACCGCUUCCCACCAUCUAUCGCCACCCACGGCCCCCUAUCGAAAGAAGGCCAAGGGUGACACGAGACCGCCGCCCGUCGUCCGCUACAACCUCAACAAUGUCACCAUCACGACCGAUCCCAUCGGCAACCGCGAAUCCGUCCUCAUCCUGACGCCAAUGGCGCGUUUCUACCAAGGAUAUUGGAACAAUCUCUUGAACCUCAACUACCCCCACGACCUCAUCUCGCUCGGCUUCAUCCUUCCCAAGACCAAGGAGGGAAACGCGGCGACGGCGGAGCUGCAAGAGCAGAUCACCAAGACCCAGGGCUCGGAGAAGAACCGCUUCAAGAGCAUCAUCAUCAUGCGCCAGGACUUUGAGCCGGCCAUCGCGUCCCAGGACGAGGUUGAGCGACACAAGAUGGAGAACCAAAAGGCCAGGCGAGCGGUCAUGUCCAAGGCCCGCAACUCGCUGCUGUUCACGACCCUGGGACCACAGACGUCGUGGGUGCUGUGGCUCGAUGCGGACAUUAUCGAGACGCCGCCGUCCCUGAUCCAGGAUCUGGCGGCGCAUGACAAGCCUGUCAUCGUGCCCAAUUGCUUCCAGCGGUACAUGAACACCGAAACCAAGAAGAUGGAAGAGCGGCCCUACGACUUCAACAGCUGGCAAGACAGCGAGAUCGCGCAGAAGAUGGCCGAGACGAUGGGUCCAGACGAUAUUCUGCUUGAGGGAUACAAAGAGAUGCCGACGUACCGCGCGUUGAUGGCGUACUUGGGCACCGACGAGAAGGACAAGCAAGCGGUGAUCCCCUUGGACGGCGUUGGCGGCACUGCAUUGCUCGUCAAGGCAGAUGUCCACCGCGACGGAGCCAUGUUCCCUCCCUUCUCUUUCUAUCAUCUCAUUGAGACCGAAGGUUUCGCCAAAAUGGCGAAGCGCUUAGGCUGGCAGCCGUUCGGACUCCCGAAUUACAGAGUAAGCAUAUUCCCCAAGGGCCUCGUUAUUGUCGUCGAUCGACCCACCCGCUCACAACAAUUCAGGUCUAUCACUACAAUGAGUAAUGGCUAG